CCUGUGACGCAUUGAAAACAUCUGUUAUUAAAACGCUUGAUAUUUGUUUGGUUUCUUAAAAAUUCAUCCUACUAGUGGAAAUGACAGAGACUGUCCCUUUGUCAGCCGCCGCUUAUCAGGUGCACGGCUGAGGUGUUAUCAGCGAGUAUGCACUCACGUUUGGCAGCGGAAGAGGAUCAUAAAUUAGCUCACAAAUUCCUGUUUCUGGAGCGCUUGGAACAUGUUUAUAGGCUAUUGGAUGCUAUAUUUACACAAACUGUUAAGGAAAGUUCACAAGUGGCCACCGUGUCACUUUCCUCGCCUGUUGGAUGGCCACAUGUUUCGCCUUCCUAAAGGUAUUUGCUCUCUAAAGAAUCUUCCGCAGACUUUUAAUGAUGCAAAGGUGCAGUGAGCUUGGCAACAAUCCAGAAGCCUUGCAGCAACUCUUUCGCUUGGGUAAAAAUAGACUGAAAGUGAAAAAGGGUGCAGAUGGUCAUUAUCUUGAGCAUGAGUGCCGGGACGAGCUGCAAAAGACAUUGCCUGCCACGACAUUCGAUUCACUGAUGUCCUCGGUGGCUACCUGGAUGGCACGUCUCGAUGAAAAGGACAAAAAGGUGGAACGCCAACGGAAAGCAGCUGCAAAGGUGCCUAAAAAAUUACAACCAAUACCACCUGUGGAGCAACAGACGUCGGAAAGCGACAGUAACAAUGAGUUAAGUGCCGUGGUCGACCUCUGCAGUGACGGCGAUGAGAAGUCUUCCCUUGGUACAGAUGAAGACUCGCUUGACACUGAAACCGUUGCCUCGCAAUCCUCCGUUGUAAUUAUCGACGAUGAUCCGGGCGAAGUAAACUUAAAGGAAUUUGCGGAACACGUCAAGGGCAAACUGGAUGUCGAAACACUGAAAAAGAAUAACGAGAAGUAUCAAAACAUCACACAGGACGCGAUAGUGAAGGUGAAGGAAGGAUCGGAUGCGUUGCGACGGUCUCUGAAAACGUACGAAAGAAAAAGAAAACCAACUGUAGAGUCAAUUGGAGAAGCAUCUAACGAAGCCAUGACCACGAACCAAGAUCCAAAGAUUCUGCGAGAAAUUAACCGGGAAGCAUGCCGAGAAGCGGGCCAAAAGUCGAGGAAAUCUGACUUUCAAGGUACCAAAGUUGAUAAAGAAGUAACUGCUAAUGGAGGUACUACUCUGGUUCCUGCUGGUAAUUCCCAGCAAAAACUCCAGAUAGUUACAGAACCCGCUGCUUACUACAACCUCGUAGGUAAACAUCUUGUGGAAGACAUAAUCGAACAAAGUGAAUUGGAGUCCAAAUUAGAGGAAAAGAAGACAGAACCUGAAAAACGUACAAAUGCCAAGGAAAAUGAACCUAAGAAAAGCUACAAUCUAGAACAGGCCGAAGAACGGACGAAAGAUGGAGCUGUUCCCGAAGAUUCUUUGGGAAAUCAAAGAAUAGAACAAGAUAUUUACUCUCCCCAGAUACGUAUACGGACUGACCUUGGUCCUCAUCAAACAGAUGCUAUACGCGUUCGCACCGAUCUGUUGCAUGAGCAACAAAGUCCAUCCGCAGAAACCUUGGUGCCUGAAAGAACACCGAAUAAGCGAAUACUGCCAGAGGCUCAGAGCUCACAACAUCCGCCCAAAAGACCCGCUCUAGAAACGUAUUAUCCCCAGUAUGCAUUAGGCUCAGUUGCAGCCCCAUCCUCCUCAUGUCAACUCAGUAAUUCUAUUACACCCGGCAGCAGCGCUGGGAAUCCAUCUGGUACCCCAAACUAUCAGGGGAAUCCCACCACAGCCAGACCUCCCCCAGUAAAUCCAACGCCAUCCAGACCUCCUCAAGUUAAUCCUGCGCCAGCACUUCCAGUUGUCACCGUUAAAUACAAACUUCCACCUUUGAGACCUUUUGCGCCAGUCACCAGCACCUCAUCCUCCAGCAACAGCAGCAACAGCUAUCAAGGAAAUGUAUCCAACAGCUGUCAGCAAAACCUCAGUAUUAACUCCAGUCAUACCCAUAAUUCGGUGAAUUCUGCAUCAGUUAGCUCUUCCGGAUAUCCGCCUGGCAGCCAUAUGUAUCCGGUUACCAGUACAUCCAGCCAUCAACCAAAUAACACAGCGAGUCGUGUUCCGAUUACCAAUGGCGGACAUCCUUCAGCUAAUCCUAUGCCUACACCACAAGCUCCAUAUUCGAAUUUUUCUACAGUAAUACCUAUCACUGCACCUCCACCAGCAGAAUCACCAAUUAUACCAAUGAUGAACCAGUAUCCACCUAGCUAUCCAUACCAACCUUCAAUGCUAAUGGCUGCUGCACCAGUCGGUACUUCAAUGCAUCCACCACGUGCUCCCGCUGCUUCAAUUCCCCCUUCAAGUUAUGCCCCAGUUCCGCCUAUGGCACCAGUUCCAGCGCCUGCCAUGGCUGGUAGUGCAGCCACGGUGAAUCCACCAUUCGAUCUGGCCCGCAUUAUGGAUAUGCUCAGUCAAGUGGAGUUGUUUGCGUUUGGACAGGACAAUCAGGAGGCCUUUCAUCUCGUCUCCAAGCUGCGAAACAGCCUCCAGAGGAAAGCGGCAUUUCCGUAUCGUCGAUAGAUUUAAGAAGCAUUUCAAUUAUUGUACUAAAAUAUUUAUAGAUGUAGGGAAAGAAGAGUAUUGUUUAUUUUGGAU